AUGGGACGUACAACGUCAACGAUGCGGUGCGUUUACAUGCUCGAUUUCGGUCUAGCACGACAGUAUUUGAAUGCAAAAGGUGAGAUCAGGAGUCCAAGAAGUGCGGCAGGCUUCCGUGGCACGGUCCGUUAUGCAGCUGUAUCAGCACAUAAGAAUAAGGUGCGUGAAUUAAGAUCAGUGACGCUGGCGAUUGCGUUUAUUCGAAUCAUUUGA